UAAAUAACACGAAUUUCUUCCAGGCGUACUUUUCUUUAAAAAUCAUGUUAGUGAUUUUCGUAAUUUAAGGGAAUAAAUGGCUACCAAAAAGAAAUCUCACGGAAAAGGGACAAUUGAUUCAUAUAAAGAAUUGAAAGAAGAUGUUAAAACCCGAGAGAAACGAACGAAUGUUGAAGAAAAAGAUGAUUUGGAUCUGAAAAGCAAUGCCAAAAGUAACGAAAUUGUGAAAGAACUAGUGGCUGACCAAUCCACAACUGCUAGCACAAGAACUUAUUACUCAAUGUUGAUAUCAGUCACUUUAUUAUCAUUGAUAUCAAGGCUUUAUAACAUCGACAAACCUGCUCAUGUUUGUUGGGAUGAAACACAUUUUGGAAAAAUGGGCAGUUGGUACAUCAAAAGAGAAUUUUUCUUUGAUGUCCAUCCACCUUUGGGCAAGAUGCUAAUUGGGCUAUUUGGAAUUCUGACUGGUUAUGAUGGAGGCUUUGCCUUUGCGAAACCUGGUGAUGAAUAUGGUGAAACUCGUUAUGUUGGAAUGAGAGUGUGUUGUGCUAUGAUGGGAGCUGCUGUCGUUCCUUUGGCUUACAUGUCAGUCUGGCUGCUCACCAAGUCUCUGAUGUCAUCACUUUUUGCAGCACUUUUAAUUCUGUUAGAUGUAGGAACAUUAACCCUUUCUCGACAUAUUUUGCUGGACCCCAUUAUGAUGUUCUUCAUUAUGAUGUCUACUUAUUCUCAGCUGAAGUUUCUCUCGUACCGUGACAGACCAUUUUCUAGUCAGUGGUGGAUUUGGUUGGCAUUAACAGGGUUAUUUCUUGCAUCAUCCAUUGGGGUGAAAUUUGUGGGUCUAUUCAUCAUCUUGUACGUGGGAAUAUUAACUGUCAACGACUUGUGGAAAAUAUUGGGAAAUCAAACCAUUUCCUUGGUGGAGGUAGUGAAACAUUUUGUGGCUCGAGCACUGUGUCUUAUAAUUCUUCCAAUACUCGUAUAUAUUGCAAUAUUUGGUGUCCAUCUCAGGAUUCUGAAUCACAGUGGCAAUGGUGACGGGUUCUACAGCUCUGCCUUUCAGUCACAGCUGAUUGGGAAUCGCCUGUACAAUGUCAGUAUGCCAGAAAACGUAGCCUUUGGCAGUGUGAUAACACUGAAGCAGAGAAGGACAGGAGGGGGGUACCUCCACUCUCACUGGCACCUGUACCCCGAGGAGCACCCACCCAGGCAGCAACAGAUUACCACCUAUGCACACAAAGACUUCAACAAUGAAUGGAUAAUCAAGCUGGCUGAUCAGGAACCAAAGCAAGAUGAUCCGGUUCAGCUGGUUGUGUCUGGAGAUCUGGUCCGACUAGAGCACAGAGAAACCCGGAGAAACCUGCACAGCCACCAUGAGCCGGCGCCACUCAGCAGGAGACAAUUCCAGGUGUCUGGAUAUGGAGUGAAUGGUUCAGGAGAUGCCAAUGAUGUGUGGGUGGUGGAGGUGGUGGGGUCACCCCCAGGGACGGUCAUCCAGACAGCUAAGUCACGACUGCGUUUUAUUCACUACCACGUCAGAUGUCUUCUGCACUCUCACGACAAGAAACUUCCCAAAUGGGGAUGGGAUCAGUUGGAGGCCACAUGUAAUCCCAACAUGAGAGAACCAAAGGCCUUGUGGAGUGUGGAGGAAAUAACAGACAACAGAUUACCCAAUGCCAGCUUUGAAAUUUAUUCUCCAUCAUUUACGGAGAGGUUUAUGGAGAGCCAUGCAGUUAUGACUCAGGGAAAUAGUGGCCUAAAGCCCAAAGAAGGGGAGAUCACAUCGAGACCUUGGCAGUGGCCUAUUGACUUCAGAGGGCAGAUAUUCUCUGGGAACAACCAUAGGAUCUACCUGUUGGGGAAUCCUAUCAUAUUCUGGGGCUGUCUGGUGGCUCAUGUUUUGUUUGUUGUGUAUUAUUUGGCCCAUGCAGUCAAAGCCAAGAGAGGGCAUAAGGAAAACAAAGCUUGGACAGAGCACAAGGAGACCAUCUUUUCAGCCUGUUGGUGGCUGCUCCUGGGCUGGGCCCUGCAUUAUCUCCCCUUCUGGCCAAUGACAAGAGUACUGUAUUUUCAUCAUUACUUCCCCGCCUUUCUGUUCAGUGCUAUGUUGACAGGUGUGAUUCUGGACCACACUAUGAUCCUGCUGAUCACUCUAGUCCCUGACAGCAUGGGCAGCAUGGUGUUUCAUACUGUAGUGGGCAGCAUAACAUCUGGUCUUAUACUCAGCUUUUACCUGUUUUCACCUUUGACCUAUGGCAUGGAUGGUCCUGUGUCACAUGAGGAAGACAGCAAGUGGGCAGGACUCAAGUGGCUGAGGUCUUGGGAUAUCUAGUUCAUGAAGUACUGAAAUUUCCCAACAUUCCAUGCAAAAUUUUAAAAAGUUUUAUUGUCUUAAAUAUUAUUUUUCAUAAUAAAAAAAACAAUUGGUAAGUGCUAAUAUCUUAUGAAUAUGUUUUUAUAGUGUGUGGAUUCCAGAGAUCUAUGAUAAAAAUACAUGUAUUAUUUUUUCUGAAAAUUUCAGUUUUUAUGUUUUUAUUAUACAAAUGCUUUAGCUGAUUUGCAGAAAAAUGCAUUUCAAAUAUGUGAUAUUUACAAAUGUACAUGUAUAUAUAUGACUAAAUUAUUGUUCAGAAUCGAAACAGUCGAGCAAAUGAAUUUAAAAGGUUGUAAAAGCUUGUUAUACAAUAUCCAAACUGUGCAAUACUUUAGAUUGCAAAUAUAUAACAUGGAUUUUAUGCAUACGCAAUUUAUAUACGUGUACAAUUACUUAAUAGGUAGCUAUUGAAUUGGUUUAGAAAAGUGUUGAUCUUUGUGCCAUGAUGUUUUUAACUUUACUCGAAGUAUAUGCAGUCUGCAAUGAAAAUCAUAAUUUACAAAAAUUAAAAUGGAUGUUAAACUGUAAAAGCUAUCAUCAGUUAUUAAUCAUAAUUCAAAAACUUUUUUACUCAAAACCUUAGAUGUAAAUAGAUGUGUAACAAACAUUCUCUCAGUUCAUAGACUGUACUAUUCGUCUGUUUAAAACUAUAAUAUGAAAUAAUUUAGUCAUUGAAUAUUACUAAUAUUGCAUUUAAUUAUAUUCAUAUACAAUUUUCAAUGAAAUAGAUUAAAUUUUUCAAUAUUUUUACAUUUAUAUUUUGUGUUAUAGAGUAGUCUUAGUAUAGCUAGUUUCUAACAAUGUAUUUUUAUUGUAGAAGUUAGCAUUUUGUAAAAUUAACAAAGAUUUCUGGCAGGUUCAGAAAAAUGAAAUAUUUUGAAAUCAUAUUGGAUUUAAUUUAUUUUCAAUGAAGUUAAAACUUUGAUUCUCAUAAUAAAUUAUUUUGAUAAAGAAUUGUGUGCAUUUUCACCCUAACAAGUACUUAAUAUUGGUCUGUACAUAUUAUUGAACAUUAUUGAUGAGGAAGAAUCUCAUGGUCUCCUUGGAUAGUUUGUGACGACAAGAAUAUAUUUUGAAUGAAAUACCUGCAACAUGUACUGUAUAUGCAAUGUGCUCUAUGUAAAACUAGCUAUCAUGUGUAACAAAACAUUUUUACAAACGAGUAAAAUAAUUUCAGUAGAUUUUUUUCCAUGCAUAUGAAAUUUGGUUCACAGGGUUGUACAUGUAGUUGAAAAGUUAUUGUCUUGUUUUUGAAAAAUAAUUUCUUUAUUUUAUACAUACUGAAAUAUUUGGUGAUGGUUUGCAAAAUUUUGAUGUAUGAAUAAUUCAACCAUUUCAAGCACAUAUCUAUGACAUCUUUUAAUAUUAUACCAAAGAAAAAGGGUUUGAAUUGUUACAUACUCAACUACCAUAUACUAGAUGGCUUUUUUUCAUUCCAUUUAAUAUUGAGUUAAAAAACAUCAAUGAAUUUGUGCCAACAAUUUAUGUUACCUUAUUUACCAGGUACAUUUUGACAGACCACCAAUAUCUAGUCAAAGUCUCUCUUAUGGUUCACACCAUCAAGCAUCUAUUUGUAUACUUUCUGGGAAAUCUUAAUGAGAAAUAUUUUGACAGAAUCCUUCAACUUAUGCACAAUAGUUUUUUUUACUUAGCCUGAUACAGAGGGCUUAAGCUUUGUUAUUGUAAUUAGUUUUUUGAAUAGUGCACACCACCAUAAUCUAAUGUGAUGGAGACAUUUAUUUUUGUCAACAACUCAUUUUGUAUUUAUUAUGCAAUAUAUUUGUCCUCUUGCUGAGUUUUUCGAUAACCGAUUCAAAUAAAAUGCAUUUUAAUAUG